AUGGAGGAGGAUCUUAUAAAGCAGGAAAUUUACAGUUUCUAUAAGGAUAUGGUAGGGACUGCUAAUCCUCAUUUGAGGAAAAUUGACAUAGAAGUGAUGAGAAGAGGUAGACAAUUAAGUACUGAACACUGCCAAGAUCUAGUCUCCUCAGUUACUGAGAAGACAGCAUUUGUGCCAGGGCAUCACCUGCAUGAUCAUGUCCUCUUGGCCUUCGGAUUGGUUAAAGGUUAUAACACUAAAGGUGGCCCUCCCAGAUGUAUGCUUCAGAUGGACAUUAGAAAAGCAUAUGAAAGUGUGGAUUGGAAUGCCUUAGAGGAUAUUAUGGCUGAAUUAGGUUUCCCCAACAGAUUUAUCUACUAG